AUGUCUUUGCAGAAAGCGAUCGAACUGGUGAAUAUAGCAACAGAAGAGGACAAAACGGGCAAUUUAGAGAGAGCCUUGCAAUAUUACUUACAAUCCAUUGAAUACUUCUUACAUAGUUUAAGAUAUGAAGUUCAAGGGGAACGACAGAAGGACUCAAUUCGGCAGAAAUGCGAAAAAUACGUUGAACGUGCUGAGAAAAUCAAGGAUCAUUUGAAAAAUCCUAAAAAGGAAAAAAAACCUGUCAAGGAUGGCAGUGAUUCAGACAACGAAGAUGCAGAUAAAAAAAAGCUACAGGAUAAAUUAGCGAGUGCUAUUGUAAUGGAGAAGCCCAACGUUAAGUGGUCUGACAUUGCCGGUUUAGAAACUGCGAAAGGAGCUUUGAAGGAAGCUGUAAUAUUGCCUAUCAAGUUCCCCCAGCUUUUCACAGGGAACCGCAAGCCAUGGCGUGGUAUUCUCUUGUUUGGACCUCCUGGAACGGGUAAAUCUUUCAUAGCGAAAGCUGUCGCUACUGAAGCAGACAAUUCAACUUUCUUCUCUGUAUCUUCAUCUGAUCUGAUGUCCAAAUGGCUGGGAGAAUCGGAAAAAUUGGUAAAAAACUUGUUCGCUAUGGCUAGAGAGCAUAAGCCUUCUAUUAUAUUCAUCGACGAAAUUGAUUCAUUGUGCUCAGCGAGAAGUGACAAUGAAUCUGAAAGUGCUAGGCGUAUCAAGACCGAGUUCAUGGUGCAAAUGCAAGGUGUUGGACUGGAUAAUGACGGUAUCCUCGUUUUGGGGGCUACAAAUAUUCCUUGGGCGUUGGAUGCUGCCAUUCGCAGAAGGUUCGAAAAGCGUAUUUAUAUUCCUCUGCCGGAAGUCAUGGCACGUAAAGAGAUGUUCAGAUUGGAGAUAGGAAAGAACGUGAACUCGCUAUCAGAUGAAAAUUAUAAGGAACUUGCUGAAAGAACCGAUGGUUACUCUGGUUAUGAUAUUAGCAUUUUGGUUAAGGAUGCUCUGAUGCAACCUAUUCGGCGCGUGCAAUCAGCAACUCACUUUAAAUAUGUCAGUGGUCCUUCUCCCAACGACAAAAAUAUAAUAGUUCAUGAUUUGCUCACCCCAUGUAGUCCUGGAGACAAAGAUGCUCGUCCUAUGAGUUGGCUCGAUGUACCUAGUGACAAACUGCAGGAACCAGUUCUAGCAAUGCAAGAUUUAGUGCGCUCUCUGAUGACCUCCAAACCAACUGUCAAUGGAGCUGAUCUGGAUAAAUUAGAACAGUUCAAAAACGACUUCGGUCAAGAAGGAUAA